AUGUGUUCGUUUCAUGUGGCCUGGAUUGAAGAGUCUGGCUUCCCGAAUCCCCUCGGGCGAGGUUGCCGGCAAUCGACUGCCCAGGAGGGGGUGCUCCUCGCUGCUCCGGCCGGGUGGUCUGACUUCCUCUGCCUACCAGAUCCAAGUCAUCUUCAGCACAGAUUCGCCUCCGCCCGGUCGAGAUGGCAUGUUUCAGCUCAGCAUAUUUUGAGUCUAAGAGAAAGUGUAGUCAUGCAACUUGCCGAAUCUUUGAAGGUCGGAGUGCAGUAG